AUGUCACCUCUGUCGUCGCAGUACGUCGAGUCGGACGACGACUCGAGCCACUCGCCCGCCCCCAAGGCCACGUCGCGCUCGACAAAGUCGCACAAGGCCAAGCACGCCGUCGAGUCCGACCCCGAGUCGUCCGAGGACAAGCCGCUCGCCAAAAAGCCCAAGCACGACUCGUCGUCCAAGCACAACACGAACAAGGACCGCAAGCCGCCGCGCCGCGACUACGCGGACUCGCCGCCGCCGCCCAAGCCCAAGACCAAGACCAAGGGCAAGGACAAGGACAAGGACAAGAAGCGCAAGCGCACCGACGACUCGCCUCCUCCCGUCGCCGCCGCGAGCAACAAGAAGGACAAGAAGCCCGUGCGCAAGGUCGGCGAGGCGAGGCGCGCGACGGGCGAGGUCCUGACCGACGACAAGGGCAACCCGUACGUCGACCUCGGCGCCAACAAGCGCGUCGUCGUGAGCGACUUCAAGGGCAAGACGCUCGUCCAGAUCCGCGAGUACUACAACGACAACGGCGAGUGGAAGCCGGGCAAGAAGGGCAUCGCGCUCCCGGUCGACGCGUGGGACCGCCUCAAGAAGUCCGUCGCCGCCAUCGACUCGGCCAUCGACGACCUCGUCGGCUGA